AUGUCUGUUACAGAAACAAUCAUCGAACGCCAUGGGCUGAUGUCGAGUCCAGAGGCCGCUGGGGCAUUACUAUCAAAGUCCACACCAUCACCUCACUCACCCUUAUCCAGUGAGGUCAUUUCUGUCGGUGAAACAGGUAAUGGUCAUUGCCUAGAUGUGGAUGUCUCAAGAUCAGUCCCAAAUUUAAGGGAGCAUCUUGCAGACCUCUUUGCCGAGAACAUUUUGGCGAAGGUCUGGCGUGUCGCAUGCGAGUCUCUCCCUGGUGCUGAUGCAUCACCCGAGGAACGUGCGAUAAAGUUCCCUCGCGCAUUUCCAGAAUACGUGCCCCAGAAUCCCCAGCACGGCGAGAAGCCAAGCGUAUACCACCUCCGUGAGGCAGACUUCUGGACCUGUGGUUUCUUCCCCGGGACCCUGUAUGAGCUGCUUGAACGGACAGUCCGUUAUCCCCAGUCAACUGUGUACUUCCUCCAUUCAUCGCCACAGGAGAGACGAGAUCAGCUCCGUGCUAUGUGUGAAAAAUGGUCGGAGCCGCUACACAAUAUGGCCAGCAGGACGGACACGCACGACAUAGGCUUCAUUGUCAUGCCUGCUCUGCGUAAGGAUUGGGAGCUGUUUGGCAACUCCCACAGCCUGGCAUCUAUUGUCAGGGCCGCUAAGAGCCUCGCAACGAGGUAUGUUGCCUCAGCGAAGGCUAUCCGUAGCUGGGAUCUCUUGAUCAGGAAGGACACACGGAUCACAGAUAUGAGGACCAAUCUUAUUGUGAUCAUCGACUCCUUGUGCAACCUGGACCUACUCUUUUAUGCCGCCGCCCAUAGUUCUUCCGGAUAUCUCGCGGAGAUCGCCGUCGCCCAUGCCCGCACCGUGAUACGCACCCAUCUGCGUCCAGAGCCGCAUCUCCCACAACGUACGGUCGGAAGAUAUAAAGGCCAACUAUACUCAACCAACCACGUCACAUGUAUUGAUCCGAAGACUGGAGACAUCAAACGUCGUAUGACAGCGCAGGGGUACGGUGACGGGUCUACCUGGGCUCGUGGUCAGGCCUGGGCAAUACUAGGGUAUGCACAGACCUACACGUGGACUGGGGACAGGGAGUUCCUGGAGGUGGCGUGCGGCACGGCAGAGUAUUUUCUGGAUAGGCUGGAAACGCACCCUGUUGCUCGGGGACCUGGAGGUGGAAGGAUGCAGUACACAUCCCCCCCAUGGGACUUUGAUGCUCCCAUGGGGGAGAAUGACAGCCACGACGUUGUGCGGGAUUCCAGCGCCGCAGCCAUCGCGGCGAAUGGGUUGCUCCUGCUGUCGCAAGCGCUGAUUGGGAACAGAGAGAUAUCGCUUGCAACGAGAUUUUUUGACGCGGCGGUGCAGUUGAUAAGAGGUACGCUCGAUUAUUCAUUGGCGAGGGAGACUGCACGAUUUCGAUGUGUUCCUGGCAGAAACGGAGAGGAGUUGAAAGAAGGCUUGGCCGUGGAGGACGUAGUGCAGGGAAAGCGGUUCGAUGCGAUCCUUAAGCAUGGGACAGCUAACAACAAUGAGAAUGCGAGGAGGCGAUAUGCGAAUCAUGGUCUGGUGUAUGGUGAUUAUUACUUGGUGAGAUUUGGAAACGAGCUGAUGCGCAUGGGCUUAGUAUAG